UCCCCUUGUGAGCUGGAGAUCCAAACAAGAUGGCUUACCAUUUGCCCGUCCCAUCUCCCACCAACCUGGCAUCUGGUCGAGCCAGGUGGCGCUUUUCGAUGCUGAAGAAGCACUUUCAAGCUUCUUUUCAUGCUCGGAGUCAAUCUUGUGGAUUGGUGGUUUUUGCGACUGUGCCUGAUCGCGGCGCGCCUUCUCGACACCGGCCCGUACCUUAGUUCAUAGGGCUGCGCGAGGCUGUGUGAGGCUCAGGAGACGCCGACGAUUGAUUUUUCCAUUCCACAUUGGUCGCUACAGGGUAAGGUACGGAACAGGAGAUGGGUUUCUGUGUGUCUCGAGAAAGCCGCCCUUUGAAACCAUCUUCUCCAGAUCCAUGAGCCGAUGCGACUUGGGUGACUGGGGAUGAACACAAUGCAGCAGCCGGGGCAACGCGUCUUGAUGGCCUCUCCGACGUCCAUUCAACCGCUUCCUCCGUCGCCGCCGUCUACCAUGCGACUGGCGCUGCCGGACAGGAACGUCGACGUGGACACAAUAGAGGAUGCCUAUGUAGCCUUUAUCCUGUGCUGCAACCCGGCAGUACCCUUGGAGACCGACACAACCGCCUUGCGGGAGGCAUUCCGCACGCCGCCCAAAAGCGGAGGCAAGAGCUUCAGCACAUUCACCUUGUUUGAACUGAUCAAGAAGCUUGAGACCAAGGAGCUCAAGACGUGGGCCGAGCUGGCAUUGAAACUGGGCGUGGAGCCUCCAGACCAGGAGAAGGGCCAGAGCGCCCAAAAGAUCCAGCAGUAUGCCGUCCGCCUCAAGCGAUGGAUGCAUUCCAUGCAUGUCGACGCCUUUUUCGAGUAUCUCAUUGGUCGUCAGUCCACCUAUUGGACCGAGAUACCGUCCGAGCAUACUCCGGUCGCCGAGUUAGAGCGCGAUGGCGUCGCCGCCGAGGAUGACAUGGCCUUGCGCGCUCUUCUCCCGCACAUCAAGCCGAGGAGAGGCAGGAGGAAACCCGAAGAUGUGGAGACAGGAAAGUCACCUUCUCGGCGCCCGUCACCCCAAGCAGACGACGGCGGCGCCAGCGGCGGCGGUUCUCGGCAAGAGGGCAUGGAACCGUGGACCGCUCAGCCGGAUGGGAGAGGGAGCGUCUUUCUGUUUCCCCCGGCUCCCGACCCUUCAAGGUCAAAUCUAUUCGCAGUUCCAUGGGCGAGCAACGAGAUGGUUCAAACGCCGCUUACAGCACACCCAAUGCCACAAUCAGCCAUCACACCGUCGACGAGGAACACAUUCUGGGCAGACGAGCCCAGGUCUGCUCUCACUCCUUCAAAACCUAGAUUGACAGGUAGACGGCAUGGGGCGAAAGUUGUGUCCUCGGCAUGGCGGAGCAAUGGACUCGGUGGAAGCGGUAAGACACGAGGCAGGCCACCCAUGAACCGUGGCGCGAAUACCGAUGGGCCGUUCUCGGCCUUCCCAACAUCAUCAGAGACACCUGUUUUCAGAUUUCCGUCCCCAACACCAGAGAAAAACACAACCCCCUACACCUCCACCCCUGGCCCAACAAGCAAUCCCCAGCCGGCAGCAUCAGCCAUGACACCUCAAAGCACUGCACCAACCCCGGCCGCCGCUCCGCCUCAGCAAAUGCAUAACCAAAACCAACCGUCACCAAUUUCAGAGUCACCCCAUCCUCGUCCGGCCAAACGAAGCAGGCUGUCGCUCCAGGUGCCCGAGCGGGUAGGGGGCGAAGUCCGGCUGGCGACACCGCCCUUGCCAGAGCCGGUCGUGACGCCGGUAGUCAUGGUAAACGGGCAGUCAACAACCAGCGCACCACAGCCCGGGCUCUCGACGAACGGGAAUCCAGUCUACGCUCACCCGUCACGGACCACACCUGCUGUGGGCGGUCCUCCUACUACUACCCUUCCCGCGGGGACAACGGCUACGGGCGCCGCCGGGCAACAGCAGCCAGUCCGGCUGCAGGACCCGACGGACCGGACCAACAUGGACGACGUCGAGGCGCUGUUCAUGCACGAGGUGCUCCGGGCCGAGUGGUACGACGCGCAGGGCAACAAGCUGCCGCCCUGCGGCGCCGGUGAGGCGUGGGCGCUGGUGCAGAGCGUGAUUGCGAACCUGCUCAAGACGGCGGCGACCAAGGAGGCCUUUCUGAUUAACCUUGCCGCGCUUGUCGGCGGUAAGGUUCUCAUGAAUAAAGGCAGUCUGCGCGUGACGCGCAGCGAGGAGCUCCCCGACCGCACGCGCUACUCGUGUGUUUGGGAGCUGAGGUUUGGGGAUAUAACGGGGCAGUGGACCAUGGAGGAGGUGGUGAUGCAUGAUAGUUGGAAAGGGGCGGAGGGUAAGAAGGAUGGUGAGGGUGGCACGAACGGGGACGGUAGCAGUGCCAGCGUGGGGAAGGAAGAAGAGAACUCUUGGGAGCGCAGGUACAUGGAGCUUGCGGCGAUGCUGCAGAACCGGGACCAGGAGAUGGUGCGGCUCAGGGCUAAGGUUAUUGAGUCGAUUAGGGACUGUUGAGCCAGCUCAUGAUUCCUGGUCCAAAGUGGAUGCCACGGCGAUGUAUACAUGUGUGAUUUAUCAGCAAGGUUCCUGGCGGCCUGAUACCCCUACGAAUUUAACGAGACAUUUUGGUUCAAUCCUUGUUAUUAAGUUUACCUGGCAUGGAGAGG